UUAUAACAGAAAAGAAAAAGGGUCCAAUUGAUAAGGAAAUAAUAAUGUCGGGUAAAAUCUGAAAACAUUUUGGUAUAUAAACACAUCAUCUUCUCGUACACACCACAAUUCUUUGUUUUAUUAGUAUAACUUUUUUUUUUUUUUUUUGGUUUCACGAAAACGAACGGAUCAGUGUCGGCUCUUGGGUUCCGAACAAAAAAAACAUUGUACGUCGGAUCCAAACAAAACGCGCGUUAUACAAACGCUUAAUUUCUCCGGGAUUCUUCUGCUUCCACCAUUGCUCGAAAAUCGCGUCUUCUGACAAUGUGCUGAAACUGAGUCAUCGUCCGAGUUAGCAAAGUGAAACUUCGAAGUUUCUCUUACACUAAUCUCAGGUUUGGGAUUUGGUAAGAAAACCGCGUUUACAAAAUGUUCAAGUUCAAGAAAUGGUUGAUUCUUUUGGUGUGUUCGUUAGUAAUAAUGAAGACAGAAGGACUCUUUGUUAAUAUUACAUAUGUUAGAAACGCAGUCGCAAAAGGGGCCGUUUGUUUGGAUGGAAGUCCACCAGCUUAUCAUUUAGACAGAGGUUCUGGAACUGGAAUCAAUAGCUGGUUGAUACAGCUUGAGGGAGGAGGAUGGUGCAAUAAUGUAACAAAUUGCGUUAGUCGGAUGCAUACUCGAUUAGGUUCAUCGAAGAAAAUGGUGGAGAACCUUGCUUUCUCAGCUAUUCUUAGCAAUAAGAAACAAUAUAAUCCUGAUUUUUACAAUUGGAAUAGAGUGAAAGUUAGAUACUGUGACGGGUCAUCAUUCACAGGAGAUGUGCAAGCAGUGAACCCUGCUACUAAUCUUCACUUCAGAGGUGCUCGAGUUUGGCUUGCCGUUAUGCAAGAGCUGCUAGCUAAAGGCAUGAUAAACGCCGAGAAUGCUGUUUUGUCUGGAUGUUCAGCUGGCGGGUUAGCUUCGCUGAUGCAUUGUGACAGUUUCCGUGCUCUAUUACCGAUGGGAACCAAAGUAAAAUGUCUUUCAGAUGCUGGUUUUUUUCUCAACACAAGAGAUGUCUCAGGAGUUCAAUACAUUAAAUCAUACUUCGAAGAUGUGGUUACUCUUCAUGGAUCAGCAAAGAACUUGCCGAGGUCAUGCACAUCAAGAUUAACUCCUGCAAUGUGUUUCUUUCCGCAAUACGUGGCUCGCCAGAUUAGAACUCCUCUGUUCAUUCUUAAUGCUGCUUACGACUCUUGGCAGAUAAAGAACAUUUUGGCUCCGCGGGCAGCUGAUCCUUACGGAAAAUGGCAAAGUUGUCAACUUGACAUCAAGAAUUGUCAUCCAAGCCAGAUCAAAGUUAUGCAAGAUUUCAGGUUAGAGUUCUUGAGUGCAGUGAUAGGUUUAGGGAGGUCUUCAUCAAGAGGAAUGUUCAUAGAUUCUUGCUACACUCACUGCCAAACCGAGACACAAACUUCAUGGUUCUGGCAAGAUUCUCCAAUUCUAAACCGAACGACAAUAGCAAAAGCUGUUGGAGAUUGGGUUUAUGACAGAACAUUGUUUCAGAAGAUAGAUUGUCCUUACCCUUGUAACCCUACUUGCCACCACAGGGUUUUCACUCCUCUAGAUGCUCCUCCAAUUUAAGAGGUUCUACUAUAUAACAUAUAUAUAGAUUUAUUAUUAUUUUUGAAAAGAAAAUAUGCUUAUAAAUGAUUGAUUGGUCAGAUAUAUAGUGAGAUAUUCAUAGGGUUUAGCUAUAGAAGAAGAGAGAGAGAAAAAGAGUGUGAUUAAUUCAAGAGUGUUGAGAAUAAGCAAUAGGAGUAAUUUUCUUCAGCACUUGUUAUGUGCUGUUUAUGUUGCUCUUUCAUUCUUAUGUAAAAUGCAAAAUUGUUUCUUUUACUCAAUUAAAUAAAGUAGCAUUAUUUUCCAGCUUUA